AUGUGGAUGAUGGAGAUUGCCACGUUUGGAAAUGGUGGGAUGGACGAGAUGAGGGACUUUCAGACACAACUUAGACAGCUUAAGGAUCAAGGUAAUGAGAGUGAGAAGAAGCUGGUGCUGCUAGAGAAGACUGAAGAGCUUCAAAGGCUUCAAACGAGAGUGUCUUACCUCACGAGUGUCUGUAAUAAUAAGAGUGACACAGAGCAUUCUCUAACCAUGGCUAACACGUCUGGUUAUGUAAACCUACUAAAUAGUCAAACUCCAAUUGACCUUGAUUCACCCGAACCUUUUUGGUUCGGUAGCCAAGGUCCUGAUGAGUCUGGUGUCAAGGAGAGGAGGAAAUGGUCUCCCAAAGAGGAUAAAAUCCUUAUUGGUGCUUGGCUUAACACCAGUAAAGACCAUGUGUGCAAGCAGAGGUGGGCAAAGAUUAACGAGCAAGUCUGCAAGUUUGUUGGAUGCUAUGAUGCGGCUCUGAGGGAGCAGAGAAGUGGUCAAAAUGAUGAUGAUGUGAUGAAAGCUGCCAUAGACAUAUUCCACAAUGAUUACGACUCCAAGUUCACCCUGGAUCAUGCCUGGAGGGAGCUGAGGCAUGACCAGAAAUGGUGCUCCACCUAUCUAGCUAAGAACGGUGGGAAGGAAAAGCGCAAACAAGUCCAGUUGGAGGUUGAUAGAGAAGAGGAAGUGGGAGAACCAGAGAAUAGACCUGUUGGGGUCAAGGCUGCUAAAGCUGUUAGUAAGAAGAAGAAGAGUGGUAGAGAAGAGGAUUUGUCAAAGUUACAGGGCGUGUUGGAAGUGAAAGAAAAAAUCCCUAGACAUAAAUUGCUUGAUCGUUUACUCGCGAUAAAAGAGCCACUCUCUGAGAUGGAAACAUCUCUUAAACUCAAACUAAUGUCUGAGAUGUUAUGA